CAAUCGCAAGUGCUGAUGGGCGAGUUCUCUUUAUUCGUACAUCUCUAACUCAUAUGGCUUGCAUCCCUGCUGUAAACUAAACAUAAUUGUUGUUAUUAUUGCCGUUCCUCAAUUGAUGUAAAAUGGAGGAAAAUGAGAGCACGUCGGAAGCCCAGAAUAAUGUCGCCAACGGAGAUGAUGACGCGACAUACCAGCAUAAAUUGGAACUGCUCCAGACCGAGAUGCGCAAAAUGCAAAACGAGUUUAAUACGCAGCGUGCAAAAAUGAAAGAGCUAUAUAUGCAGAAGGAGGCCGAGCGCAACCAACUUCAGGAAGAGUUGAAUGAGUUAAAGACCCACCUGAUGGUCGCUGAUCUAAAAUCCGAGAACGAAAUGCAGUUGAAGGAUAUAAAGGCCCAAGAGGAGAUAUCAUCGCUGCAGCAGCUGGUGCAGGACACAAUUGAGGAAUCGGCUAUAUACAAAGCCGAAUUGGAGCGCGUCAAACUAGAGCAGCUGCGCCAGCAACAGCAGCAGUUACAACAGAUGCAGCAGCAAGCCACGGCAGAGCCAUCAGGCGGUUUGGCGCCACACGUCCUAAAUCAGGUUAAGAAAACACUCGGAAGUGUACGAAAGUUGGGCAGCGAUUCCUUGAAUAAUAGCUUCCAGUCGGAGAGCGCCGAUGGCAAUACGCGUGGACCAACCAAAACACAUGUCAAGCAAUAUGCAACAGAGGAUGCCGAAAUGAUGCAUUCAAUAGUUGAGCAACUGCAGGAGGAAAUGAAAGCCCUAAAGGAAAAGUUACGCGAAACAGACGAGCAGUUGCAGGCAAAGAGUAGCACGUCGGAGCGCAGGGAGGAAUCUACUGAAACAAUCACAGAUGCAUCAAAUGGCUUGCACAAGUCCACAUCAACAGAUUUGGUGUCCGCGCAUGCAGCUUGUCUGGGCUGCAACUCGGCGAAACAGCUUACGGAUGAGCUGAGUGCGCAGGUGAAACAGCAGCAAAAGCAGCUCGAUGUCACACAGAAGCAACUUGUUGAGUCGCGCGAACAGUUGAGCAAAGAGGCGGCGCUGCGCAACGACUUGGAGAGUCAGUGGCAAGCAAAGCGUGAAGCACAUAAAAGCGAAGUACAAACCCUACGCGAGCAAGUUAAAAAUAACGAGCAACAGCUUUUAGAUAUGCAACAGAAAUUCCUAGAGACCAAGGAUGAGGUCAUGCGACAGUUGCAGCGCGUCACAGAUGACCGGGAGCGGGUUAAUCAGCAGUUAGAAACGCUGCAGGCUGACAACGAUUUUCUCUCCGGUCGGUUCCUGGCGACAUCCGAAGAAAUUGAAAACCAAUAUAUAAAUCUCCCAAAUACUGUGGUCGAGCUACAGGAGCUUAUGCUACGGCAACAGAGCGAGCUGAUACAGGCGCGCGUAAGCAGCGAAUACGAAAAACAGAAGUGCGUUAGCUCGCUGGAUGAGAUUCAAAUACUGCGUGCUCAACUCGAAGAGAGCAACAAUGAGCGUCGUGCUUACAAGCGCAAGGUUCAAUUAGAUAUUAAGUCACUACAAGAUCGUGUUACGGAACACCUGGUGGCGGUCCAGUCGCAUGAGUCAUCAAAAACUCUUUUGGAGCGCAAAGAGGCUGAGCUGAACAAACAGCUAUCCGAGUGCCGAGUUGAGAUUAUCGAGCUUCAGGACGCCAACGAAAAGCUAACAAAAACCAAUUCAGACUUUAAGUCUAAGAUAAAGACGCUUCAGGAGGAGUUGUCCACAAUGGAAACGGUGCAAAAGGACUUUGUCAAGUUAUCACAAAAACUGCAGAUGACCUUGGAGGAGCUGCGACAUGCUGACACCGAGGUGCGCUGGCAGGAUGACGAUGACGUCAACAAUUGUCCUACGUGCAACGCCGGCUUCACGGUGAUGGUGCGCAAAAUACACUGCCGCCAUUGCGGACACAUCUACUGCGAUAAAUGUCUAACAAAAACGGUGCCAUCGGGCCCACGGAAACGUGUCGCCCGUGUCUGUGAUAUCUGUCACACGUUGCUCACGCCACACACCGCUCCCUACUUUAGUCAUGAGCCGCAGCAGUCAAACUAGUCGGUUCUUAGCCCUGGCGGUGCGUCACUAUUAUUAUGUCGGCAAAUAUUUAUUGUUUUUUGUAUGUAUGUUUAUGUACUGUGUACUGCAAUUCCUCCUUAUGUUUAUUUGUUUUUGGGGAGUUUGUGUUUCAAUCGUGGUGUCCUUGUCGAAUUAAACCGAGUCAUAUCCAGUCACAAAAGAAA